CAUUCUGUUAGCUCUUCCCCUGGAGGCGGCAGUGCUGUUGUUGUUCGUUUCAGUGUUGUUGCCGGAAGUUAAGAUGGCAGCUUUUACCGCCGAGACGGACCUGGUCACGGGCUGGUGCCUCUUCGGCCUCGCUUUAUUGGUUAUCCUGGCAUUCUGCUGGGUUUAUGUCCGCAAGUACCAGAGCAGACGAGAAAGUGAAGUAAUUUCUACUAUAACAUCUAUUUUUGCUCUUGCAAUAGCACUUAUUACAUCAGCACUCUUACCAGUGGACAUUUUUUUGGUUUCUUAUGUGAAGAACCAAAAUGGGACCUUUAAGGACUGGGCAGAUGCAAAUGUUACAAGGCAAAUUGAAGACACUGUGUUAUAUGCAUAUUACACCCUGUAUUCCAUCAUAUUAUUCUGUGUGUUCUUAUGGAUCCCCUUUGUCUACUUCUACUAUGAGGAGAAAGAUGAAGAUGAUGGCAACAAAUGCUCACAGGUUAAAAUUGCAUUCAGCUAUACUCUAGGAUUCCUUCUGGUUUGUUCUGCUCUUCUAAUAAUAGGAGCCUUUGUUCCAUUGGAUAUUCCAAACAAAAAGAAUUCAACAGAAUGGGAGAAAGUGAAACUUUUGUUUGAAGAACUUGGAAGCAGCCAUGGUUUGGCUGCUCUAUCCUUCUCUAUAAGUUCUUUGACCCUUAUUGGUAUGGUGGCAUCUAUUACCUAUACAGCUUAUGGCAUGUCUGUGUUGCCUCUAAACCUGAUAAAGGGGACAAGAAAUGCUAGUUACGAACGCUUGGAAAACACUGAAGAUAUUGAAGAGGUUGAGCAAAGUAUACUAAGGAUUAAAUCAAAGUGUAAAGAUGGUCGGCCAUUACCAACUCGGGAUAGGUGGAUGCUAGAACAACUUGAGGACAAGCUAAGGGUCCUUCGAAGGAGAGGGAGGCAUCUGGAAUACAUUGAGAAGAGCUGCUGGACCAGGUUCUGCGGAGCUAUGAGACCACUAAAAAUUGUCUGGGGGAUAUUUUUUAUCCUUGUGGCCCUGCUGUUCACUAUUUCUCUCUUCUUGUCCAACUUGGAUAAAGCACUGCACUCAGCUGGCAUAGAUACUGGAUUUAUAAUCUUGGGAACUAAUUUGACCAAUCCACUGAAUAUGCUGUUACCUGUUCUACAAACUGUCUUCCCCCUUGAUUAUAUCCUCAUUACUACUAUCAUUAUGUACUUUAUAUUCACGUCAAUGGCAGGAAUUCGAAACAUGGGUAUAUGGUUCUUCUGGAUAAGGCUGUACAAAAUCAGACGGGGGAGGACACGGCCUCAGGCGCUUCUUUUUCUCUGCAUGAUACUGCUAUUGAUUGUUCUUCACACCAGCUAUAUGAUCUACAGUAUGGCCCCUCAGUAUGUUAUGUAUGGAAGCCAAAAGUACUUAAUGCUGAGUAAUAUGACAGUGGAUGGACACUUGACAAACAUAACAACGUACGUGGCUAAAGACUGUGAUGCAGCUGCCCCUGAAAACCAGUGCGCUGUUACUCGGACUUACCUUUUCCUUCACCAGUUUUGGUUCUUUAGCACCACAUAUUACUUUGGCAAUUGGGCUUUCAUCGCAGUCUUCUUAAUUGGAUUAAUUGUGUCAUGCUGCAAAGGAAAAAAAUCUGUUCUUGAAGGUGAAGUGGAUGAAGAUGAUUCAGAUAUAAGUGAUGAUGAGCCAUCGCUCUAUUACGGUUGACAGCCCAUAAGUUCUGAAGGUUAAAGCAUGGAAUUUAAAACUGUGAAAAUGCCAUUUUGGUUUGGACUUUACUCUUGGAAAAGUUCACACAUUUGCCAAUGUGGAAAAUAAAAUCUUUAAGUAUAUUAUUGUAUUAUAUAAUCACAAAGGAGCUAAUUUUAUGAAGGAAUGAUUAAAAAGUACUUUUUUUGAAUAUACACUCUUCUGUCAUUACAUCGGUUGCCUUUUGGUUGGCCUUGAAUUUUAAAUUACGGCUGGUUCACUUUGUUAGUGUUGAAAAGCUAGUAUUAUCAUAUUGAUAAAUGCUUCUUACAGGAAUCCAAGGUUUAAAUUGCCAGUGCUUGUUGAUUAUACAAUUAAUAUGUAAAAGACACUAAAAUAUUUUACAUAUAGAAACUAUAAUGAUCCUUGUCAAAUGCUGGAUUAUUGUUGAUGUUCGUGAGAGACCAAAUAAAUAAUCAGGGCCUGUUUUGGCAAUACUUCCCCCUCCCCCAUAUACAAAUGCAGUGAGAUGGGGAGCAGCCCCUGAGAUUCCAUUUCCCUCCUCUGCCUCCUUGCCACCUAGAAAAUUAUCUACUAGAAUAUAAUUGCACUGGGAGAGCCCUGAUCUAUUAUUUCUGUAACCCUACUAUAUAAGACAGAAUUAUAACAGGGUUAAUGAAAUUAAUGUGGGAUUUCCAAGUAUAGAUCUUACAAUGCAUAAUAGUAUGGAUGGGCCUCUCUCAAUCUUGCCAUGUAUGGUGCGGUGUGCUGGAGAGAGCAGUAUUACCUUGAUGGGCCCACAGUAGGGAAUAUAUUCAGAAGUUGCUCCGUCAUAGGUGGAAUCUUAAGGAGAGGCACAACCUCAUUCUUUCUUCAUGGUUACUGUUAUUGGCUGUGUCUUGGCUUAAUAUCAAAUAUUUUGAGGUGAUUUUUUUAAAAAUCUGUAUCGGUUGUCAUUUUUUUCAGAGUUAUAACUAAAUACAAUGCAUAAACAUUUAAAAUCAUGCAAGACUUUUCUGUAUCAUUUUGUAAAAUAAACCAAUAAAGAUUGUGACUAGA